UGAGCAUAAUUUAAAUGAGUUAUGAAAACGUUUGCGCCAUGCGUUCCCUUCAUAUCUGCGUAUUUCUAGCAUGCUCCAUGGUAAUCGUGUUUGCCACAUCACAAGGAAUGACACUGGGGCCAUCUUGCCCACUCAGGUGGCCUAUAAUAACGUAGGAUUCGCAUCAUCUCGCGCUGCCAGCUAUAUGGUAAAUACUAUCAUCACAAUUUUGUUAAUUGCAUUGAUAUUCAUUAUAUUCUUAACUUUGAUGACUUCUCUGAAGCAGACCAAUACCGUCAGUUGAAAUUCCGGUCUGAAAAAGCGUUUGACAGCAAACGCUUCAUAAACCACGUGGUUCGCAUCACUGUGGUCAUGGUAAUGGAGUUCUGUGAAACCAUGUGUUAUAUGGAACCCAACUGUGUCAGCAUUAAUAUCGAUAAACGACAGGAUGGAAAUAGAAAGUACAAAUGUGAAUUGAAUAAUGUUACUCACGAAGGACACAAAGACGACUUGAUAGAAAAUGGAAAUUAUUCUUACCAUGCAGCUGAGAGCGCUUGUGUAAAAAACUCUUGCAAGAACAACGCCACUUGUCAAAGUGGUUUUACUGACAAAGGAUAUCGCUGUUUGUGUACUGCUGGAUUUAAGGGUCAGUCAUGUGAUGAAGAUAUUGAUGAAUGUGCAACAUCUAAUCAUGGCUGCAGCACCACUGCUGUGUGCAAGAAUACUAAGGGAUCGUACAACUGUACAUGCAAACCUGGAUAUUCUGGUGAUGGACGCACUUGCAAAGAUAUUGAUGAAUGUGCCGUUGGAAAUCACGAGUGUGAUCCCAAUGCCGUGUGCAACAACACCCGGGGAUCACAUAAUUGCACAUGUAUGAUUGAUUAUUGGGGAGAUGGAAAGACGUGCAUUAGAAAGGGUGACCCGCUAUUUUCUACCUGCAAGGAAGUGUAUGACAGAAACAUCAGAUCAACUGUGGGUAAAGUGGUGAUAUUAAACAUCGAUUCAAAACCAAUCUCCGUUUUCUGUCACAAGAAAAUCGAUGGAUGCGGUGACGGGGGAUGGACGCCGGUCAUGAAAAUUGAUGGCGAUAAGGACACCUUCCACUAUGACUCACACUAUUGGACUAAUAAGAACGAAUAUAACCCUCUUGGCGGACAGACUGCGUUUGACAGGCAUCAGACUAAGUUAUUGACUUACUGGAACACGCCCUUCUCUAAGAUCUGUUUCGGUAUGAGAUUUGACCAACAGGUCAAGUUCAUUGUUAUCAAAAAACAAGCUGACUCUCUGUACUCGCUGAUCGCUGACGGGAAAUAUCGCAACACGUCACUGGGUCGUAAGAGUUGGAAGGGGCUGUGUGGUUCGAAGGGUUCCCUACAACCCCACUGUAACAGGGAAGGCUUUAAUGCCUUCUCUGAGGAACGUAGUCACUCUAGAGCAAGAAUAGGAAUACUUGGUAACAAUGAAAAUGAUUGCAAAACUUGUGAUUCCCGAAUUGGGUUUGGCACUGGGGGAUAUCCUGACGACUCUAUCACGUGUGGAAAUGCAGCCUCGUGGUGGUUUGGAUCGGACAAAGGAGGGAGCUAUAUUAGGACAAUGGGGUACAUCCUAGUGCAGUAGAAAAGCACCACUCUGGAAAUAUACCACAAAACCAUAAAAUGGUGUGACUGGAAUCUUAAACUCCUGUUACUCAUUAUUAUAGCAAUACAACUACCAAUGAAUAAAUAGGCGAGUAGAUUAGUAAGUAGACGAAUACGACAAAUUAAAGAAUCAGUCAUUAGAUAAACACUCUAUGUGUCAUAGAUUCAAGAAUUAAACUAUCAAAUGAUUUGAAAUUUGAUCAUUUUUCGUAUAAUCAGCAAUGAAAGGUAUAUCUAUUAAAGUAACGUGUUUAAAAUUAUAAAUUACUUUAUUUAGCUUUAUUUGCCAAAACUUCAGGUAUACUGUUGUUAAAAGUUCCUGUUUAGUUUGACGAAGCUUACCGUUGUGUGUUUGAAUAAGACAAUCAACGAGUUCAAAUAAUAUUUUCGUGUAUGAUAAGUGCUGAGCUGGUGCAACGUUGAAUCCGUGAUAAUUUAAGUUUAAAUAAGUUCCCUAAAAUGUAAAGAACAGUCAGACUUUUUCUAAACAAGUUUUGGAUUACAUGAUAAGUAGGCAAGCUUAGAAUGGAAACAGCCUACGAAAUAACACUCAAAAUAUUAGUAUGUGUAAUCAAAUGGCGACGGGGGAAAUUAGGAAAUAAUUUCACGCGCGUUUUGUCAAAAUUC